UAUGAGGUGCCACUUAAAGCGGAUAGUGUAUGGCAUCUCCUUGACAUGUUUUCUCGUUGGAAUUUGGACGUAUAUAAAAUCGUAUAGCGGAGGCACGCAGACUGUUAACUUAUACCAAAAUGACGCCCUUGCCGCCUCUGCCGCGGGACUUAAGCUUAUCCUGGUGUACACCGGAUUGCCGGCGGGGAUGCAAGCAGGACAGAAACAAUUCAACGCAGAUGACUGCCCUGUUAAGAACUGCUUCGUGACAGCGGAUAGGACAAUGGCGUCGAAGGCAGACGCUAUCCUUUUAAUGGGCCAGGCAGUCAAACCUUGGCACCGGAAACCCUGGCACCAGAUCUGGAUCCUGUACCUGCUGGAGUCCCCCCACCACACCCCCAGGCUGGAGGGGCUGAACAACCUAAUCAACUGGACGGUCAGUUACAGGACCGACUCCACACUCAUGGCUCCAUACGGCUCUUAUGUUCCGUAUGGUAAUAUGACUACCGGCCAAGACUCCGUCUUCAACACACCAAUGAAGAAGAAUUAUGCAGCGGGGAAGACUAAGAAAAUCGCAUGGUUUGUCUCCAACUGUGGCGGGGACAGGAACGGUCGGAGACGUUAUGUAGAUGAGUUAAAUAAACACAUGCCCGUGGACAUUUACGGGGGAUGUGGCAUUAAGACGUGUUCAAAGGAGGACCCCCGUUGCCUGGAUAUUUUGGACAGGGACUACAAGUUUUAUUUAUCGUUUGAAAAUUCGAACUGCAGAGAUUACAUCACUGAGAAGUUCUUUUUGAAUGGUUUAGGGCACGACAUCAUACCAAUCACGAUGGGGGGUCGCCCAGACGACUACAAGAGGGCAGCACCUCCGCACUCCUAUAUCAACGUGGAUGACUUCAAAAGCCCCAAGGUUUUGGCUGAAUAUCUGCACAAACUCGACAAAAAUGACGAUCUUUACAACGAGUAUUUCCGCUGGAAGAGCUCCUUUCAUUCGGUGAACACGUUCUUCUGGUGCCGCCUGUGCAGGAAGAUGCACGAGGUGGGAAAGAGAAAACCCACGUGGUAUAAGAAUCUUGACCAAUGGUGGCGAGGGGAUGGGGUGUGCUCGCCAGGGAGGUGGGAAGAUGGACACUCCUAUGUAUAAUAUAUAGUCUAGAGGGGAGGGGGUAUGCUGGCCAGGAGGUGGGAAGAUAGACGCUCCUAUGCAUAACGUCCUUGUAAAUAUACUACCACCGGUUCACUUAUUGGCAUGGUAAUCAAAGACUUGCGAACCGAUCUCUUGUGGAGAACAGACUCUUUAUUACUUUAUACUUAAUACACAAAGACGUGGAA